GGAGGCGCGCAGCGCGAGUCAGUGGCAGAGCCAUGGCGGGCGGGGAAGACCCCGGGGAAGGGGAGCCGGUAUCUGUGGUGACCGUGAGGGUGCAGUACCUGGAGGACACCGACCCUUUCUCAUGUGCCAACUUUCCCGAGCCUCGCCGGGCCCCCACCUGCAGCCUGGACGGGGCGCUGCCUCUGGGCGCGCAGAUACCAGCGCUGCACCGUCUCUUGGGGGCGCCGCUCAAGCUAGAGGACUGUGCCCUGCAAGUGUCUCCUUCUGGAUUUUACCUGGACCCUGAGCUGUCCCUUGAAGAACAGCGGGAGAUGCUGGAGGGCUUCUAUGAAGAGAUCAGCAAAGGGCGGAAGCCUACACUGAUUCUGCGGACCCAACUCUCUGUGAGGGUCAAUGCCAUCUUGGAGAAGUUGUACAGCUCCAGUGGCCCAGAGCUCCGUCGUUCCCUCUUCUCACUAAAACAGAUCUUCCAGGAGGACAAGGAUCUAGUGCCUGAAUUCGUACACUCAGAGGGACUGAGCUGCCUCACCCGUGUGGGUGCUGCUGCCGACCACAACUACCAGACUUACAUCCUGAGAGCACUAGGCCAGCUGAUGCUUUUCGUGGAUGGGAUGCUGGGGGUGGUGGCCCACAGCGAGACUGUGCAAUGGCUGUAUACACUGUGUGCCAGUCCGUCCCGCUUGGUGGUGAAGACAGCCCUGAAGUUGCUGCUGGUGUUUGUGGAGUACUCUGAAAACAACGCGCCGCUCUUCAUCCGUGCAGUCAACUCCGUGGCCAGCACCACUGGCACUCUCCCCUGGGCCAACCUGGUGUCCAUCCUGGAGGAGAAGAAUGGCUGUGAUUCGGAGCUGCUGGUGUACACGGUCACCCUCAUCAACAAGACACUGGCGGCUCUUCCAGAUCAGGACUCCUUCUAUGACGUGACGGAUGCCCUGGAGCAGCAGGGCAUGGAGACCCUGGUCCAGCGCCACUUGAACACUCUGGGCGUUGACAUAGACCUGCGCACGCAGCUUGUGCUCUACGAGAGCGCCCUUCGGUUGGAGGACGGGGACAUUGAAGAAGCUGCUGCAGGUGGGCGGCGGGAGCGCCGAAAACCUUCUUCAGAGGAGGGCAAAAGGAGCCGCCGAUCUCUAGAAGGUGGGGGCUGCCCCUCGCGCACCCCAGAGCCUGGCCCCACAGGACCAGCCUCACCGAUUGGCCCCGCCUCUACCAGCCCCGCUUUACCGGCAGGCCCCGCCUCCAGCCCGGCCUCACCGAUAAGCCCCUCCCCCGGCAGGCCAGCCCCUCGGUCCAGCCCCGCCUCCAGCCCUGCGUCCAGCCCUGCAAGCCCUACCUCUGGCCUCCGGCUGUCUUCGCUGAGUGUCUUUCCCACCAUCUCAGUGGUGCCCUCGGCCACAGACAGCGGCGAGAGGAGCGUCUACAAACUUCACCAAACUGCUCCUGUUUGGGCCCCUGAGAGCCCACCCGUCCCCCAGUCCCAUACUGGGCAGGCCAGGCAGGAAGCUCGGUUCCUGGAGAAUGUGGCAGCGGCAGAAACAGAGAAGCAGGCUGCGCUGGCUCAGGGCCGGGCGGAGGCACUGGCUGGGGCCAUGCCUGAUGAGACUGAUGGGCACCCAGAUACCCGGGAACUAUGGGGCUCCCCUGAGCUGACCUCUGUACCCAGAACAUCCCAUAGCCCUGUCCCCCGAGUCCUGCUCCGGGCCCAGCGGAGUCUUGAGCCAGAGCCCAAGGAGCCACCAGCCCCACCAAGCCCCAAGGUUCAGCCCACCCAGGAGCUCCCUACCCAUUCAUCCAAGCUCUGCAUUGGGGACCUGGACUUCUCAGAUCUGGGGGAGGAUGAAGACCAGGACAUGCUGGACAUGGAGGCUGCAGAGGCUGGCACAGGAAUCCCACCUCCACCACCCCCACUGCCCCUGCUCUCUGGAGGGCCCCCUCCUCCUCCGCCCCUCCCCCCUCCAUCUUUCCCCCCUCCCCCCCUACCUCCUCCACCCAUCAAAGGCCCAUUCCCACCACCUCCACCCCUAGCUGCCCCUCUUCCCUCCUCAGCACCUGACAGCCUAGCCCUCCCCGCCAAGAGGAAGACAGUAAAACUCUUCUGGCGAGAGCUAAAACUGGUUGGGGGCCAUGGGGGCUCUGGGAGCCGCUUUGGGCCCUGCCCUACCCUGUGGGCUUCACUGGAGCCUGUAUCAGUGGACACGGCCCGACUGGAACACCUGUUUGAGUCCCGCGCCAAAGAUGUGCUGCCUUCCAAGAAAGCUGGUGAGGGCCGCCGGACCAUGACUGUAGUGCUGGACCCCAAGCGCAGCAAUGCCAUCAACAUUGGCCUAACCACACUACCACCUGUCCACGUCAUUAAGGCUGCCCUGCUCAACUUUGAUGAGUUUGCUGUCAGCAAGGAUGGCAUUGAGAAGCUAUUGACCAUGCUGCCCACGGAGGAGGAGAGGCAGAAGAUUGAGGAGGCCCAGCUGGCCAAUCCUGACAUCCCCCUGGGCCCAGCUGAGAAUUUCCUGAUGACCCUCGCCUCCAUCGGGGGGCUGGCUGCCCGUCUGCAACUCUGGGCCUUCAAACUGGAUUAUGAUGGCAUGGAGCGGGAGAUUGCAGAGCCACUGUUUGACCUCAAAGUGGGCAUGGAACAGCUGGUGCAAAAUGCCACCUUCCGCUGCAUCCUGGCCACUCUGCUAGCUGUGGGCAAUUUCCUCAAUGGCUCCCAGAGCAGCGGCUUUGAGCUGAGCUACCUGGAGAAGGUGUCAGAGGUGAAGGACACAGUGCACCGGCAGUCACUGCUGCACCAUCUCUGCUCCUUGGUGCUCCAGACCAGGCCCGAUUCCUCUGACCUCUACUCAGAAAUCCCUGCUCUGACCCGCUGUGCUAAGGUGGACUUUGAGGAGCUGAAUGAGAACCUGGGACAACUGGAACGGCGGAGCCGGGCAGCUGAGGAGAGUCUCCGGGGCCUGGCCAAGCACGAACUGGCGCCAGCCCUGCGUACCCGCCUUAUCCACUUCCUGGGCCAGUGUGCCCGCCGCGUGGCCAUGCUGAGGGUGGUACACCGCCGUGUCUGCAACAGGUUCCAUGCCUUCCUGCUCUACCUGGGUUACACGGCACAGGCAGCCCGGGAAGUGCGCAUCAUGCAGUUCUGCCACACUCUGCGUGAGUUCGCACUGGAGUAUCGUACUUGCCGGGAACGGGUGCUGCAGCAGCAGAAGAAGCGGGCCACGUACCGUGAGCGCAACAAGACCCGGGGUCGCAUGAUCACCGAGACAGAGAAGUUCUCGAGUGUGGCUGGGGAAGCUCCCUGCAACCCAUCUGUCCCAGUGGCAGUGGGAAGCGGGCCAGGCCGAGAGGAUGCUGACAGUCAUGCCAGCAUGAAGAGUCUGCUGACCAGCAGGCCUGAGGACCCUACACAUGCCCGCCGCAGCAGAGGCAUGGUCCAGAGCAGUUCCCCAAUCAUGGCCACUGCAAUGGAACCCUCCACUGCACCCCCAGAAGAAUCCCCAGGCUCCAAUUUACCCAGUGACACUUCUGAUGAGAUCAUGGAUCUGCUGGUGCAGUCAGUGACCAAGAGCAACCCUCGGGCUUUAGCUGCUCGGGAACGGAAGCGUUCCCGUGGCAACCGCAAGUCUUUGAGACGGACGCUGAAGACUGGACUCGGAGAGGACCUGGUGCAGGCACUAGGACUGAAUAAGGGCCCUGGCCUGGAGGUAUGAAGGCGCUGCCUCCAGGAAACCAGUAUGGGUCCUGCUGCAAUGAGAGACUGCAGAGGGAGAGAGACCACAGCAGAAUUCUGGGCCUCUUCUCAACUCCAGGGCCACUCAGUGGCCAGUACCUUGAGCAGUAUUAGUUACAUACGCCUAUCUGAGUUUGUGCAUGUGUGUGUGUGCAUGCGUGUGUGUGUGUGUGUGUGUGUGUGUGAACCCCCUGAAUGCAUGGACCAUAAUAAAGUUCUCUU